AUGUGGUUCAUUGAUCUUCUACUUGAGGACAUUGAGAUGGGAGAUGGUAGGGUUCUUACAAUUAUUUCGGACCAACACAAGGGCUUAAUGGAGGCUGUUAAGGAAAGGGCACCAUCAUGUGAGCAUAGGAAUUGUUCCCGACACAUCUUUGCCAACUUUAAGAAGAAGGGGUUCACGGGUGUUGAGUUUAGGAGGUUAUUUUGGAGGGCUGCAAAGGCUACAACCGUUUCCACUUUCCGCUCAUACAUGAGGGAAAUUCGUACAAUGUCCACAGAAGCUUAUGAGCACCUGAUAGAAAGAGACCCAAAUACAUGGUGCAGAGCAUUCUUUGAACCUAAGAGUUGUUGUGAUGCCGUGGAAAAUGGUAUAUCUGAAUCUUUCAAUGCAACAAUUGUAGAGGCCCUGAAGAAACCAAUAAUAACAAUGCUGGAAGAAAUCAGAUUGUACGUGAUGGAGAGGAUGUACAAUCAAAAGAUUAAGGGGCAUAAGUGGGACAUGGAAAUCUGCCCCUCUAUUAGAAAGAGGAUUGAGAAGAUGAUAGAACAACAAAGGUAUUGGGAUUUUAUUCCAAGUGGUGAGGAAGAAUAUGAAGUGAAAUUAGCCCAUCAAGUUUAUGUUGUUCACCUUGAAAGCAAAACUUGUGGUUGCAGAGCCUGGCACCUCAGUGGUAUCCCUUGUGUGCAUGCCAUUGCUGCUAUAUUAUACCUGAAUGGAAAUGCAGAGGACUAUGUAGCCGUAUGGUUUAAAACAAGCAUGUUUGGAAGUUGCUAUUGGUAUCCAGUCAAACCAAUAAAUGGAGCUAACAUGUGGCCUGAUGUUCUAUGUGAUCCCAUAUUACCACCUCGGCGUAGGAGAAUGCCAGGAAGGCCCAAAGUAAACAGAAUGAAAUGUCCUACAGAAAAUGAAGGAAGGCAUACAAUUAACAAGACAGGGAUGUCCAUCUCAAGAUGUAGUAAUUGUCAUCAAGAAGGACACAACAAGAGGCGAUGUCCAUUGCUCACAAAAGCAAAUAAAGCAACUGUUGGUGAAGGGGUUGUUGAAGAAGGGGUUAGUCAAGAUGGGAUUAGUGAAGAUGGGGUCAAUGAAGAUGGGGUUAGUGAAGAUGGGAUUGGUGAAGAAGAGGCUGUUGAAGAAGGCAAUCAAGAAGUUCAUAUUGAGGAUCAUCAAGAGGGGGUUGUUGAAGAUGAAGCUCACCACAUUGAAUUUGUUCAAGAUGAAGCAAACCAUGAAGAGGCUGUUGACCACCAUGAACCUGAUUUUGAUGAAGUUCAUCACCAUCAGCAUCAACCUGUUUUUUUUUCCAGCAUUUCGUUGCAAACAAAAGGCGAUUACCUUCUGAGAGGAUUACGAAACUGA